UAGGGUGGCACAGCUGAGUGGUGUGUGUAGUGUGUGGACAGUACAUUGAAAAGGCCUUCUCUUUUCUGUACUGACAGUCAGUCAGAAGUCCAAGUCAAGUGACAGAUCUAUAAGAUAACAAGCUUUGUUAUGCUGAGAUCGCUGAAACGCCUAUUCCAAACAGCGCACGUACAAUAUACUUCUUUUCAUAAACUUUCCACAGAUCAAAGCAAGAUGCCUUUGAAAUUUGCAGCCAACAUCUCAAUGAUGUUCCUGGAACUGCCAUCUUUGGAGGCCCGUUAUUCGGCUGCGAAGAAAGCCGGCUUUCAGUAUGUGGAACUAACAUUUCCGUACGGAGAGUCUGUGGAUUCGUUACGGGCAGCUAGAGAGGCCUCGGGGUUGGAGCAAGUACUUAUCAACGCUUUCCCCGGCGACCUCAGUGCAGGUGACCUCGGACUUGCUGCCCAACCGGACCGGGUGCAAGAGUUCAGGGAAAAGUUGGAAUUGUCCAUCUCCUAUGCCACGGGACUUCAGUGCAAAAGAAUGCAUAUCAUGGCAGGGCGAAUCCCGGCAGGAGCGGACGAUGGUUUGAAAGAAAAGAUGAUGUCGACUUAUCUAGACAAUAUCAAGUACGCUGCUGAUCGCCUGCAGAAGGAAGGCAUUCUGGCUUUGAUAGAACCAGUCAACAAUCGCAUCUCUGUCCCUGGGUACUUUCUGUCAAAUCCACACAAAGGUUUGGAGAUUGUGAAACAAGUGAACCAUCCGAACCUGAAACUGCAGUUUGAUAUCUUCCAUGUGCAGAUAAUGGAUGGAAACUUGACCAAAAAUAUUGAGGCCUUUUUACCGUAUAUUGGUCACAUUCAGAUAGCUCAGGUACCAGACAGAGGUGAGCCUGACGAGACAGGGGAGAUCAACUACCCGUAUGUGUUCAGCGUCUUGGAGAGAGUGGGUUACGAAGGAUACAUUGGACUUGAGUACAAGCCUAAAGGUAAAACAGAAGAUGGACUCAAAUGGUUGCGGAGUCUUGGAUACUAGAAAUCCGACGAUUUGAUGGCACAAGAAAAUGUUUUUCUGCGAUUUGCAUAACCAGAUGCAGAGCUUACUGCGAUUGUACUAGACGGAGUUGCUUCUUGAAAUGAUCGUUGUUUUCUUACUGCUGCAAUAAUUGAAUUGAUUUAAAAAUAGUAUUUGAACAUGAUUAUUGAGUGGCAUCAAGGUGAAAUCAUGUGCUUGUCGAAAUAUAGAAAUCGAAAAAACUGACAUAUUUCCCCCCACACAAUUCAGAAUAGAUGGGUAUUUUUUCAUCAAAAGCAAGACUAAUGAAAAGGCAGUAAGAUGAUACCAAUAACUCCAUAUGCCCAAAAAAUGAUGGGCAUUUGAUCUUCCUUAUUUUCUAAACUCUGACCUUGCUCAAUGAGAAAGCUGGAGAGCGAAAAGAGCUUUAUGAGAUAACUGCUGAAUUUGUGUGGGUUUUUCAAUGAUGUACGAAUGAUUCAUUAAAAUGAAUGUGUUUCAUGAAUUCAAUGACUGCUUUUCCUGGAUGGUGCAGUUACUGCUUGGGAGUAAUGUGUUAUUUGCUUUUACUUUAAAAAAAACAAUUUUUUAAUCCUUUGUUGUCGUUAAGGGUCGAGGGAAAGUGCAGUUUUCUAUGGUAGGACAGCUCCGCAGCUCUUUCAAUUGGAAUAUUAUUAUUUCUCAGGGUUUCCUUGACACCCUCAAUCCACAUUUAGCGUGGCCUUCCUCUUCAUAGCCUGAGUGCUUGGUGUUAUAGGCUCUCGAGUAAUGUCUUAUGUAACAAAAUUCAAAACCUGCCAUAAAAACACUCCGACCACACCUGCAAAUUUGUAAGACACGCUUCUUACGCCUUCCUUGAUUCCAUACGUAAUGACGAAAGAAGUCAGCAUCUGAAGGGAAGGAAGUAGUACUUAGGCAAUCGACUUCCUCUACAUCUACCGUCCAGGCAAAACUGUAUCAUGCAUACUAUUUUUAAAAUCGCCUAUCUUGAUGCAAAAGGCCAUAUAGGCAUAUAUUUUGCUGUUAUUGUUGAUGUGUUUUUGUGUAAUUUCUUGAAAACUUUAGGGGUUUCUGCAUUUCUUUAUUCUUGUAAUCUGAUGCAAGUGGUUUAAUGCAACAGUAGUGAUUAUGUGUGACAAUGUGAUGAAAUAUAAUGAAAGGGAUUUAAUAUAAUAGAAGUCAUUUCAUGAGAUGCAAGUUGUUUUAUGUGAUGCAAGUGAUUUUUAUACACAAGUGAUUUUAAGGAACUUUGUCGGUUUAUUUAGACUGGUUCCAUAAAAUUUCCAUAAAAUUUAUGGAUUAGUUUUUACUUACAAUGUUGAACAAUGCUUCAGUUCUAAGAGUGAGGAGUGCUCAGAUUUAUGAAAUAAACUGUAUCAAAAGACA